GUGCGCACGCGCACUCACGGUUUUCACGGUGCGUUGUGUCAGGAAGUCUGUGGAGUUUCACAAUUGGAAAAUAGAAAUACAAACUUUUCAUUAGAAGCAGAAUGUGGUCUAUAGUGAGAGAUCUAACGAGCGUUUUCAGUGUUUAACCUGAUCCCUAACCCAUCGUUCCAGUAUUAAGAUUUUCAAGUCAGAUUCCCAGCCUGCAAAAGGCCAGCUGAAGUGGUGGGCCUGGCGGACUACAGAGGGGCAGGAGGGAAAAGUGCAAUGAGGAUUUGUUGGCUUGUGAGUAAAGACAGAAGACAUCAACCAAUACGCCUUGCACACUCAACAUGUGUGCUUAUUGGACGGAGUCCAGAGACCAAAAUUACAGAUAAAAAAUGUUCACGGCAUCAAGUACAGCUCAAAGCAGACUACAAUAAAGGACAUGUUCUUGUAAAACAGUUAGGGAUAAAUCCAAGCACCAUCAAUUCAGAAGAUGUGGGAAAAGACAGGGAAGUAAAGUUGAAGCCGGGACAAAUUCUUCACAUCGUCAAUCAGCUGUAUCCAUACACCAUAGAGUUUGGAGAAAACAUUUCAGAUAAAAAGAAACUGUCAUCAAAGAGACCGCAUGAAGAAAUUUCUCCUAACAGUGACUCUAGCACAUUGAACAAAUAUCUGAAGACUGAUCACUUGAGUCCAAGGGAGCACAGCCCAUGUAAUCAUAAACCCGAAAGGAAGAAAGAGAAGACAAAGGAAGGACAAACAAGGACUGUCGUGAACAGCCCAGAAGUAACAGAAAAAAAGGAUUUUCAGGGAAUGUGGAAGCAAGGACUAAAAUAUUCCAUGCAGGAUCCAACGUGCCAGGUAUAUAAAGAUGACACUGUUGUAGCAAUGAAGGAUAAAUUUCCGAAGGCUCGUUUUCAUUGGCUGGUUUUACCGUGGGAACCUAUCCCCAGUCCAAAGGCUGUAAGAAGGGAUCACUUAAAUUUGCUGCAACACAUGAAUGAUGUUGGAGAAAAGCUGGUGCAAGAGAGUCUGGAUUCCAAAGCAUUAAAAUUUCGAUUGGGUUACCAUGCUAUUCCCAGCAUGAGUCACUUGCAUCUCCAUGUUAUCAGUCAGGAUUUUGAUUCCCCCAGUUUGAAAACGAAAAAGCAUUGGAAUUCAUUUAAUACAGAUUAUUUCAUGGAAUCCCAAGAUGUGAUGAAGAUGGUGGAACAGAAUGGAAAGAUAACUGUCAAGGAAGGAAUAUCUGAGUUCUUACAAAUGCCACUAAUGUGCCAUGUCUGCCAACAGCAAUUGUCCACCAUUCCACAAUUGAAAGAGCAUUUGAAAAACCAUUUCCCCUAAUGUUUAGCAAUUUAAUUGUGUCCAUUCACUGUUCCAAUAUCAUUCACUUGCCUAUUAUUAAGAAGCAUUCUGGUGAACUUCUCCAACAAUGUGUGUGCCAGGGAAACACUUCAGCGUCGCAUAUUUGGCUGUUGGCUAUGCUUGAGUUGGUAGCAAACCUGCCUCUGGGUCAGGAGGUCGUGGGUAUAUAUCCCACAGUCCAAAGACUUGAGCUCAAACAUUAAAGUUAACCCUCAAAUCAAUUACUGCUAUACUAAAAAGUACAGUUUUUGGGAUAAGACAUUAAACUGUGGCCUUGUCUGGGUGCUACAAUGUAUGUAAGAUGUUCCAUAUUAUUAUUUAAACAGAUUAUGUGAUCAAUAAUAGAAAUGUUUUGUGGGAAGUGUUAUAAACAUAUUAGUUGUAGCUGGAAAGCAUUUUGAGGCGCCUAAAAAUUGUUAAAGACACUACACCAAUGUAAGUAUUUUACAAAGCGUUUAAUGGCCAAUUAUAUUAUCUUGCUGGAAGGUCUCAGCAGGUCAGGCAGCAUCUGUGAAGUGAAAAAUUCAGAUGACUUUUUGGGCACGGACCCUUCUUUAGGAUUUAAUUUCCCUCCACAGAUUCAGAUGGGAAAUUGUUUUCCAGUGGGGGCUUUUUCAACUGUUAACUUGCAAUAUUACAUUCUGGAUUUACAGCUAACAUAAUGGUCUGGGUAUUGAAGUCAACCAUGCAAAGAUGGGUAUUACAUUACAUUUUCCGUUUAUUAUAGUACUGAUAACCUGACACCUGCAAAGUUAUAUAUGCAGGACCCAUCUCUCAUUCCCGGGAAUGGGAAUAAUCACUUAUUUAGAUUAAAGAAGCCUGAUCUGUAUGCAUGGGGGGAGUAAGUAGGUCCUAACUUUAUAGUACAUUAAAUGAUUCCACAUUCCAAUUACAAAAUAGUAACGCUUCCUUAAAAUAAAAAACUAUAAAUUAUGCUAUACUUACCCCUCUGUACAUAAUAAUCAUCCUUGUCUAAUUUAAUACAGGAGUCAUUAUCCCUAUACAUAUGUAUUUUAUUCUGGAUAAAAUAUUGCAGGUUAGGCUCACAGCUGAUUUAUGUUAAAAAACCUAUAUCUGAAGAGUAAACAGUUAAUGAUUUAAAAAGCAAAGCUACAAAUUGUUAAUUGAAUUUAAUUUAUAUUUUGGUUACACUAUUGGGAACAAAUACUAUUAUGAAAAGUUGUACAAAUAUUAAUAUGCGAGUAUAACUUGUAUUUGCUGAAUUAAAUGAUGAAUUUGAAAUGAUAUUCCAGUAACUUAAUAGUUAGAACCUAUAUUCCAAAAACAUCUUGUGUUGAAUUCCUAGUCAUUGCCUCUCAAGUGACUUGUUUACUGCUGGGACAGCACUUGCUUGAAGCACUAUCAGUGAAUCGGGGCCAGGGCUACAAGCACAGUUUCAUUUCUGGUCAUAUUUAGUUGGAAGCGACUGUGUGCCUGGAACCCUACACCCAACAUGUUUUAGUGAUUCCUGAACAUAUGACCACUGAAGCAAAAAAAAGUUUGUGAUCAACUAUAAAGCACUGUUGCAUCUUGCCAUCCCCAUUUGAGACUCCCUGCUCAGUUUUAUGACAAUCACCAUGAUAUAGCAUUUACAAUCAGCUCAAAACAUCUAAGUAAACCAGGUUCCUGUUCAGUAAUAAAUGAUGUUUAGAAAGUCUCUAGCAUUUAAAUGUUUUGGGACUACUCCUUUUCUCUAUUUUCAUAAACGACCUCCCUAAUAUCUGAUCUGACUGUCAAACACAACUAUAUGCCGAUGAUGCAGUGCUAUAUACGUCUAGUACUAACAAGUCUGAAAUUGAAAGAGCCCUUCAAUCAGAUCUUACUUCUGUUCAGAAAUGGCUAUUAUUUCACAAAUUAAUUUUAAAUAAAAAUAAAUCAUGCAGUAUGUUAUUUGGUACCAGACAAGGCCUUGGUAAUUCUGUAGAUCUGACUAUAUCAUUUAAUGAAGGAUCACCAUUAGAACAAGUAUUGAACUUCAAAUAUCUUGGUGUUUGGCUCGACCCAACGCUUUCAUUUACGCAGCGUAGUGAGACGAUUACUAAAAAACUCAGCUGUAAUCUAGCUAUUCUUUACCGCCAUAUAAAUUGUUUCACCUUUCAGAUGAGAAAAAUAAUUUUCUCUCAACUACUACUACCAAUGCUGGAUUAUGCUGAUAUUGUCUAUCAGACUACAUUUGAUACACAUCUUCAACCCCUUAAUGUAGUUUAUAAUAGUCUUUGCAGAUUUAUUUUAAGGUGUCCAUAUAUAACUCACCACUGUUCUAUGUACGAAACUAAACUGGUUAUCCCCCCACACGCGAAGAUGCUACCUCUGGUUCCAGUUCAUCUUUAAAUGCAUCCAUCUCAAUUACCCUUCUUAUUUAAAACAAGACCUAUUACCAUACACACCCUCAUAUUCACUAAGACAUAUUCAGCAAGCCUUCUUUUUCAUUCCAAGAACUAACAAAGAAAUUGGGAGACGUGCAUUUAAAUUCAAAGCUCCUUCUGACUGGAACACUCUGCCUAGUACCAUAAGAACUAUUAGCUCAUUUCGUCUUUUUAAAAAUACACUUUUACCCUUCCUUAUAAAACCAUGUACCUGUUUCUAGUAUUAGAGUCUUCGAGCUCCUUUAUCUAGCUUGCUCUGUGUGUGAUCAUUUGGCAUAACUAUUGUAUAUGCAUGCCCAUUACACUUAUGUAUUAUUGUAUUGCAUAGUGUAACAAGGUCUUAUAUUGUAUUAUGUUACAAUAUCAUGAAAUAAUAUAUCAUGUAAUAAUGUUGAUCGUAUGUAUUAACGUACGAUGUAUGAUAGGUAGUAUAUGGUAUUAUGCAUUAACAUUAUGCUGUAACACAUAACUUGUUAUUAUUGGAUAUGUAAAGCCAAUUAACAAUUGUUAUAAACUAUAACAAGUGGGGAUGGAGGGGUUUUGGGAUUGGUGUGUGGGUAGGUGGGUCAAUGAGAGCCUCUAUGUAUGUUAUGUCUUGUGCUGUAUGUUCUAUACUGGACCCCCUCGAAAACAAGAUGACUGUCCAUCUCAAGAGGUUAUCCAUGAAUAAACUUGUUUCAAGUAAA